CUUUUUACUCUCGCUUCUUAACCAGCAUGAGCGACGACGACAUUUCGCGUGCCUGUCCUGUUGGCUUGCUGACCAACGAAUACUACCAGGAUAUUUCGCUGUUUGUCCACGAGGCCACCACUGCAGGCCACGACUUCAUCGUCACUCCCAUCGCUCACCCUCAAUGUCAGCGAGUUCUGUUUGAAUCUAAUAACAGAAAAGCCAUAGAAGCAUGGAGAAAUAAUCCCUACUUUGAACGCGACGAUCUCAUUCUCAAAUCAGCCGAAUGGUCCGAGGUCGUGGUAGGAGAACUGGCCGAUUGGUUGCAACUUGAUUCUGCCGAUACAUACACAAGAACAAGCUCAGAAUUGGUAUUGAAACAAGAAUUAGCGUGGGCAUGUCAUUUGGGUCUUUUGGCGGUGAUGUUGCCGUCCCUGCCGAAAAAGAAUAUGGCCAACAUUGUACGCACCAUCAAUCACCAUGUGACUUCCAUGAGCUAUACUCAGAUGUGGAUCAAGGUGCCCUUGGUGGACAAGGACGAUCUCGACACUAACGCCUCUUGGCGCCGAUGGAAUCAGUUCAAGAUACUGACAGAACAUAAUCCAAAAAUUCAUAUCGCGCUUGAAAUUACGGCGAAUUUGCCUUUACAAGAACUGGAAUUGGACAUGUGGCUUGCCGAACCGAUCAAAGCCGUGAUUAUUCCAGCCGAGAUUUUUGUCAGUAACGCCAAAGGGUAUCCUGUCCUGAGCAAACGGCAUCAAGCCUUUAUCAAGAAAUUAAUGGACAAGUCACGUCCCAAUAUGAUUGUCACUUUACCGUCCAAACCGCUUCAUCCCGCCGCAAGCAAUUCUUCCUAUCAAGAAUAUAUCCGUUAUUUGAACAGGAAUUUACCGGAAUUGGAUCAAGUCCAGAGAUUCGCCGCCGGUUAUCAAGAUUACCUCCAGGCCCCUUUGCAGCCUCUGAUGGAUAAUCUAGAAAAUGGAACCUAUGAAACUUUUGAGAAGGACCCUAUCAAGUACCAACAAUAUGAAAAGGCAGUCUAUCAUGCACUGCUGGACCGUGUCGAGCCCGGAUCAGAUUACGUAUCCACUAUCAUGGUGGUCGGUGCUGGCCGUGGUCCCUUGGUCAAUUGCUGUUUACGGGCGGCCGAAAAAUCCGAGCGAAAAGUACACAUUUAUGCACUCGAAAAGAACCCAAAUGCCUAUGUCACAUUACAGAACUGCAAAGCGGAAUUGUGGCAUGAUAAAGUGGAACUCAUCUUUGCCGAUAUGCGUGAAUGGAGACCGUCAACCAAGUGCGAUAUUCUCGUGAGUGAAUUGCUGGGUUCGUUUGGUGACAAUGAACUUUCGCCAGAAUGUCUGGAUGGUGCACAGAAAUUUUUGAAACCCGACGGCAUUUCUAUUCCUGCGUCGUAUACAGCCUUUGCUGCACCUCUUGCGUCUUCCAAAUUAUACAAUGAAGUGGCGGCUUACAAGGAUCUCGCUCACUUUGAAACACCGUAUGUGGUCAUGUUCCAGCAAGCUUGUGAACUGGCGCCGUCGCAACCAUUAUGGACGUUUGAGCAUCCCAAUAAGGACAUUCCCGCUGACAGUGAUCCAUUGAACAAUUUGCACAAUGUCCGGUAUUCACGCGUCGAAUUCAAAGCAAGCAGUGAUAUGACGCUUCACGGACUGGCUGGAUAUUUCGAAUCGGUGUUGUACAAAGAUGUGCUGAUCUCUAUCCAUCCCACCACGCAUUCGCCCGGCAUGUUCAGCUGGUUCCCCAUCUUUUUCCCCUUGAGAACGCCCGUUCAAGCCGUCAAGGGAUCCACCAUUCAACUGGACUUUUGGCGACAAACCGACCGUAAAAAAGUAUGGUAUGAAUGGGCCGUCUCAGUCACUCUGAACAACAGCGACCUCACCGUGACCCCUAUUCACAAUGUGGGCGGCCGCUCUUACUGGGUCGGCUUGUAAACAAAAUUCUUAAAUCUAGUCAUAGCAAAACAACAUUUAAAUAAAAAUGCGCGCAAGCAUAUUGCAUCAUC